UUGUUGUGCGAUUGAGAACCUUCUUCACUGCCUUUCCAAAUCGGUGAUUCAGCCUUCCGUCGACGGCGGAUUUUAAUCGGUUUCUGGUCUCCUUUACCCAUGGCAGAUCCAGAUGUCUGGCUUGCUUUUCAAAACUUAAAUCAGGGUUUAGAUCGAAGCCCUCUUCAACUCUCGAGUGAAGCUCGGAGGAAGCGGGAUGAAGAGCAUAAACUCAGUCUUGUAGUCAAAGGUAUUCAUCCUUCACAAAAUCCAGCUGGAAUCAAGUUUAUGAUGCCAAAAAUUUAGAAACUGGAUGGACGAGUUACAAGUCAAAUCAAUGAAGAUGGUACUGUUCAGUUCUUCUUUAAGAAUGAACAUCAUCUGAAUAUGGUGUAUGAAGGUGGACCGUGGACCUACAAAGACUGGUUGGUGAUUGUGGAUAAAUGGAAUCGAAGACAAUACACAGAUUUCCUGAGCACCAUCAAGUUUUGGGUCAAGAUUCACAACAUACCUGAUGACUCCAAGAAUAACAGAGCAAUUAUCAAAAUUGGUGAACCUCUUGGCCAUGUAGAGGAAAUCUUCAUCCAACAACCGGACAUCAAUCAAGCUGGAGAGGUAAUGGCUCGUAUUAACAUAAAAGCUGAUAGUAGGCUCAUAUUUGCUCGUUAUUUCCAUUUUGAAGACCAUGGAGAUCCUACCCUUAUUCGUUACACGUUUGAGAAGCUAAGGAAGUUUUGCUCUGCUUGUGGAAGUCUUGCCCAUGUUGUUGCGGUAUGUUCCUCUCAAACCCAAGAACUGGAGUAUAAUACUCAAGAGCACCAAUCUGUUUACCACUUGGACAACACUCAAAAUUCUAUUGAAGAAGCAAUCAAUGAUGACCUUAUGGGAGAAACAGAUAGUCCUAACUUAAAUGUAAACACUUUGGAGAAGCCCCAACAAUCUGAUGAAGCAGAAGAAUCUAUGGACUACAUGCAACAUGAUGUUCCUCAAAGGCAUUCUAAUAAGGCUCUUACUAUAUGUGAAGUAGGUGCAUCUUCGGCUGCAGAUGUUGACUUGGGUACUGCACUAGAGAGAGGAACUAAACGUAAAUUAGCUAUGGUGGAUAUAGAGGUACCGCUUUAAUAUCAAGAAGAAGAACAUCAGAUAUUUCUGAAGACAAGGCUAAAGAGGAGGUGGAAACCCCAAAGCCACCAUCUCCAAGAUGAGAAUUUUGCACUGGAAUUGUCAGGGUUUGAGGAACCCCCUGACAAUUCCUUAUCUGAAGGAUAUCCAUCAUAAGUAUAAGAUUGAUAUCUUGUUCCUUGUAGAAACUAAGAAUAAAGAUCCUUUUGUGCAGCAACUAGGUAAUGAUCUUCGCUUUAAUCAUCACCUUUUGGUAUCUCCGGUUGGUCUUAGUGGAGGACUGACAAUUUUUUGGAAAGAUACAAUACAAUGUGAUUUUCUUUUGGCUCCAACACUCCACUACACGGAUAUGCGUAUUAAGGAUGGGCAGUCUACCUUCUGCUUAUCAUAUGUUUAUGGCAAUCCCCAAAGAAAGCCAAGACAGCUCCUCUGGAAUACUAUGGAGAAUCUAGCAAAACAGGGUGUCUAUGAUGAUGAACCGAGAGUGGUGCUGGGAGAUUUUAAUGAGAUUCAAAACAGUAUGGAGAAGCUUGGAGCUUUUGUAAAGCAUGAAUGGCAAUUUACAAAUUUUAGAAGAAUGUUAAAUGCCUCAGGUCUUCAUGAAGUUAAAACAUAUGGAGGUCCUUACACUUGGAUUGGGAACAGAAGCACUGGUACUGUUAAAUCUAAAUUAGAUAGAGUCGUGGCCACAACAGAAUGGAAGGAACAAUUCCCAAGAGCCUCAGUGCGAUUGCUUGAAUGGGUGGGUUCGGAUCAUAAACCAGUGAUGUUGCAAACUGAAGAUAAUAGAUGGAGAGGAACUAAACUUUUCCGAUAUGAUAAUCGGUGGCAUUUCAACCAAGAUGUGUACCAAGUUAUCCAAAACACAUGGAGCCAAAGCUGUAAUCAUUUACCACCACAUCAAUUUAGAGAAGCUUUAUUGAGAUGUAGAAAUAGCCUCUCUUGGUGGAAAUCGGAGCAAGGCCAUAACUUACAGAAAAAGAUUAUGCAACUUCAAGGUGUUAUUCAAAAAGCGUAUGAUUCACACUCUCCUGAUUUCAGCUAUAUUGCAACACUCGAAAUUCAGUUGCAACAUGAAUAUAGGAUGAAAGAGGAAUAUUGGCGCACAAAGAGUAGAGAACAAUGGAUGUAAGCUGGUGACAAGAAUACAAGGUUCUUCCAUGAAAAAACAAAACAAAGACGAAGUCAGUACCGCAUUACCUCUAUUCAAGAUGAGAAUGUGAACAAUUAGAAGCAAUCAUCCAGCACGUCCACCCAAGAGUCACUCCAGAAAUGAAUCAAAAGCUGACAGCUCCAGUAAUGGAAGAAGAAAUUUUCUCAACACUCUCCCACAUGAAUGUUGAUAAAGCACCUGGACCUGAUGGCUUAAAUGCAGGCUUCUACAAGUAUCAUUGGAGCACUAUCAAAGCAGGGGUGAUAAGAGAAAUGGUGCCAAUGGAUCAUGAAGUGUAUUACAUCGGUUUCCUAUUCAGUACUCAUUAAUGGAUCACCUACAAAGGAAAUUAUUCCACAGAGAGGCCUGCGACAAGGCUGAUGAAGAAGAAUGUCGGAAAAUCCUCUCCCUUCUUAAGAUCUAUGCUUCAGCUUCAGGUCAAUAUGUUAAUUUCCAAAAGUCAGCCAUACUAUUCGAGGAUGCAAUCUAAACUGGAAAGUUGGUAUCUAAACUAUUAUCACCAGGAGGCAAAGAGGACAAAUAAGAAAGUUCUGGUGGUCUAAUACAAAAGAUAAGCAGAAGAUCCCAUAGGUUGCAUGGAAGAAAAUCACAAAGCUGAAGCAAUAUGGAGGAUUGGGCUUUAGAGACCUUCAUCGCUUUAACAUUGCAUUGCUAGCAAAACAGACUUGGCGCAUGCUAAAGGAACCACAUUCUCUUCUACGACGAGUCCUACAAGCUAAAUAUUUCUCAAAAACUGAAAUGAUGGAUGCCAAAUUAGGUUUUCGUCCCAGUCAUGCUUGGAGAAGCAUAUUCCAGGGUAUAAAUCUCAUCAAGCAAGGACUAAAAUGGAGGAUUGGUAAUGGAGACAAGGUCAGAACUUGGAAUGAUCCUUGGAUUGACAAUCCUCCCAUACCAGCUAGAUGUCUUUCACAACACAAGUCUGAACAUUUUAAAGUCUCAAGUCUCAUGAAGCCAAAUUCAACACAAUGGUGCCCAGAGCAGCUAAAGAGGAUGGUACACCCGGAGGAUAUCAGUCAUAUUCAAAAAGUCAGGCCUAUCAUCACCAAGGCCUCUGAUAUGCCUGUGUGGAUUUUUACAAGACAUGGCCAAUACACUGUCAAAUCCGGGUAUCAUCAAAUCACCAAGAGUAGCAAGAGAAACAUGGGAAUUGUCACCUAUCAGCCUCCAACCAGGAUAUGGAAAGAGGCUAAUACUACUAUAACGCCUUGGAAUGAAGUCCAUCUGGAUAAAAGGAGUCUAGACAAAUCUAGAACAGAAACAAUCCACAAUCAGCCUCAUCCAUUUUAUUGUUGCACAGAUGGAUCAUGGGUUGAUGCUACUAGCAAAGCUGGAAUUGGAUGGUCUUUUCAUAACGCACAUGGCAAAUGCAUCCUCAAAGGUUCUUCAGCCAUAGAACCUACAUGCUCACCACUUGAAACGGAGGCUAUUGCGCUAAGGGAGGCUCUCAUUCAGGUCAAGCGCCUUAACUAUCAACCAGUAACUUUCUGUGGGGAUUCAAGAGUACUUUACAAGUAUCUGGAGCAAUAUACAAGAGAAAAACGGAAACCAGCGGAUAUUUCAGAAAUUCGAACAUAUUUGGAGGAUAUAUUGGCUUUCACUAAUGUCUCGCACCGUUUUCUUUACAUCAAUAGGAAGGAUAAUGAUAUAGCUGAUAGAUUAGUUAAGACUGCUAGAAUAGUGAAUUCUUUUGUCACUAUCUUUUGA